UCUCUCUCUCCCUCUCUCGCACGCGCAGCUCGCCCCCGCCGCGCCGCCGCAUCGCCCGCAGACAGAAAGACGUUCACGGAUCUGCGGAGGAGCGUUGUCCGAACCAGCGCCGGAUGGGUUUGGGUCGGAACCGGAGCCAGCAGCAGCCGAACUAACUGGACCGCAGCCAGCAGCUCUGCGGGAACGGUCGGUACCGGGAGAGGGACAACCAGAACCGGUCCGGGAUCUGAGGUGAGACCGAACCGUUCUGCUGCGUGCAUGUGUGUUUAUCCGUGCAUGUGGACGCGCUGCAAGUCGGAAUCAGAACGUUCCCGGUCCAGAUGAUCCGGUCUCCAGGAACACCUGUCUCACCUGCCUGUCUGCCUGUCCGUUCGGGUUCUGGGUUCUGAUUGGUCGGAGUGUCGUAGCGCGGGGGAGGAUGAGGAUGAGGAAGAGGAAGCUCCCCCGGUCCACUAAUGCAGAGUGUCUAGCACAGCGAUUACUGACUGGGUCUGUCCUGCAGAAUCUCUGACCCGGUCCACAGCGCGCCGCUGAUCCAGAACCAGCCCGGUUCCGGCCGAUCUCACCGGAUCAACCAGUUGAAGGUGGGACCGACGGGGUCCAGCUGGGCCCGGUCUAAACACACAAAUAAUUUAAAAAGAACUGGACCCAAACAGCACUGAACCCAGAACCAGAACCCUUCCUGUGUUUGGUGCUGAUUUGUCUGGAUGCGAUCAGGCCCAGCAGGUCCAUGUUGGACUGCAGGCGGUGACCCGGUUCUGGAGGAAGUUCUGCAGACAGAGGGGUAGAUGAGCUACAGGUUCUGUUCAUGUGAUCCGGUUCCUGGCUGGGUUCUGGUUCUGGACUCCAGGUUCAUGAGGAUGAUGAUGAUGAUGAGCUCCUCGUCCACAGAGAAGAUGAAGAAGAAGGCUCCCAAGGACAGUCUGACUCUCCUGCCAUGUUUCUACUUCGUCGAGCUGCCCAUUGUGGCUUCUUCUAUGGUGUCACUGUACUUCCUGGAGCUGACGGACGCGGUGCAGCCGGCCCAGGCGGGGUUCCGCUGCGGCGACCGGGCCCUCAGCAUGCCGUACGUAGACGGAGGAGACGAGCUGAUCCCGCUGCUGAUGCUGCUGAGCCUCGCCUUCGCCGGCCCGGCCGCCUCGAUCAUGUUGGUGGAGGCGGCGGUUUACUGCCUGCAGCCUCGCCUGAAGGUCCACCGAGCCGAAGGAAGCAUCAACGCCGGCGGCUGCAGCUUCAACUCCUUCCUGAGGAGAACCGUCCGCUUCGUAGGUGUGCAUGUGUUUGGGCUCUGUGCGACAGCGCUGCUCACUGACAUCAUCCAGCUGGCGACGGGUUACCACGCCCCGUUCUUCCUCACCGUCUGUAAGCCCAACUACACGCUGGCCGGCGGGUCAUGUGACCAGAACGCUUACAUCACCAGAGACAUCUGCUCCGGUCAUGACCUGCAUGCCAUCAUGGCGGCCAGGAGGACGUUUCCUUCCCAGCAUGCAACUCUGUCGGCCUUCGCCGCCGUUUAUGUCUCGAUGUACUUUAACUCCACCAUCUCCGACUCCACCAAGCUGCUGAAGCCGGUCCUGGUCUUUGCAUUCGCCAUGGCGGCGGCACUGACGGGCCUCACUCAGAUCACGCAGCAUCGCAGCCAUCCCGUCGACGUCUACGUGGGCUUCCUGAUCGGCGCCUUCAUCGCCGCAUACCUGGCGCUUCACGCCGUCGCCAACUUCAGGUUUUCUGAUGAGCGCGCUCAGGCUCCGUCCCCUCCCCUGCCGGUGGAGGACCCGCUGCGGGCGCUGACAGAGCGCGGACACGAUUCGGUGUACAACAAGGGGCCCGCCUCGGCCUCGGAGAGUAACGAUGAGAUCGCGCCGGCGCCCCUGGAGCGCAUGGAGGGCCUGGGGCCACUGCAGAGGGAGCAGGGCUCUGUAGAGGGCCUGAAGAGGGCCAGUGUGGACGUGGAGCUGCUGGCCCCUCGGAGCCCCAUGGGGAAGGAGACCAUGCUAACCUUCAGCAACACCCUGCCCAGAACAAGUGUGAACAUCAACGGCCCUCUGGGUGCCGGCGAGGCGCCAGGGGCCCCGGCAGCGGCGGUGCAGCGACGGCUGAAGGCGGUGCAGAUCCCGGUGGACCCCAUGAGAUCCCAGCAGCUGGUCUCGGAGUGGAAGCAGAAGUCCAUGGAGAUGCGCGGCCCGGGGCCUUGUGAGGAUGGGGACCGCGAGCCCAGUGAGGACGGCUCCGAGGCGAGCUCUAUGGGGACGGAUGAUGCCGGUUCUCAGGCGCCCAUCUACCAACCUUCGGUGCACUGCAUGAGGGUGGGCUCAAGUCGCAACCCCACCCCUCCUCCAGGUGGUGCCAAAGCUGUGGCGACACCCAGACCGCCUCAGAUCCCUGAAGCCGGACCCCCAGCAGUGUCCCCAAAGAGCGCCUUGACCAGGGCCAAGUGGCUCGCCAUCCGGGAGAAGACCAGCGGGGAGGCCUCUGGCCGCGGCACUGCCAGCCAGCCGCGCCUCAUGCAGGUCAUUGCCUUGUCCAAGCAGCAGGGUCUGCUUCCCUCCUCCUCCUCCGAGAGCGCCUCCACUGGCUCCGCCGCCUCCUCCAACACGGACUCCCCGCUCUGUCGCCAGCGAGACGGACCGGGCAUCGUCACCGUGGACGCCCACGCCCCCUACCAUCCUGUUGUGCAAACUCCACCCCUUCCACAAGCCCCGCCCCUGGCCGGGAACGGAAACCCUUGGGAGUGGGCCGCGGUGUCCAAUGGAGACGACCCACGAGAAUCCUACGGCCUCAACAGGCUGACCAGGUCGGACCCGACGGCCCGUGCGAGCAGCUUCUGCCCGCGCCGCUCCGCCUCGCCUGCCGCCCACCCCGCCCAGCAGGCGGAGAUGGCGGCGGACGCUCAGCGUAGGGAAAUGGCCAUGAGACGCAAAACGGCGCUAGUUCUGCUGGAUCGAGAAAUCCGCAACCAGACUGAACAGGAAAACUACUACAAGAGUUUACAGGGACGGAGGUUCAAGGACCAACCGUAACCCUGAGACACCUGGAUCAGACCUGGAGGGGACAGAGACACCUGGACAGGACGGAGACACCUGGACGGAGACAUCUGGACAGGACGGAGACACCUGUAUGGAGACACCUGGAUGGGACGGAGACACCUGGACGGAGACAUCUGGACGGGACGGAGACACCUGGACGGGACGGAGACAUCUGGACUGGACGGAGACAGCUGGAGGGACAGAGACACCUGGACGGAGACACCUGGAGGGACAGAGACACCUGGACGGGACGGAGACACUUUGACGGAGACACCUGGAGGGACAGAGACACCUGGACGGGACGGAGACACUUUGACGGAGACAUCUGGAGGGACAGAGACACCUGGACGGGACGGAGACACUUUGACGGAGACAUCUGGAGGGACGGAGACACCUUGGUUUUGGCCAUUUUAGCAGCAACAAAGCUAACAGCUUUAUAACCUGACAGAAAUGCAGCAAAGUUUUUAGCUAAUAAAGACAUAUUUGUCCAAUAAUGAGACCAUAAAGGAAUCAUGAGUUCAUGAGCUACUGGCAACCAGCUGCUCUUGGGUGGCUCCUAGGUUCCGAGUGAAACGUUCUCUGCGAUGCCUCCUGGCAUGAAACUGACCACCCAUUUGAAUGUUAGCAUGGGUUGCUACGUUAGCAGCUUUACUGAGGAACGUUUGUUUUGCCAGCAAGGGAAGAAAUUAUUAAUGUUAUCAGCAAAAUGUUUCAAUGUUAUUGAAUCAGAAACGUCUUUGCGAUAUUGGAAAGGGAUUUUGGGUUACUGGAACCAACGCAACUGAACUUCACGGUCAGCGUGGUCGACUUAGCCUCCCUGCUACCAGCAAAAGCUUUGUUUCAGUGUGCUAACAGGAAGUGAUGUCAGCGAGGUUUUAUCUGUUAGCUUUAUCGCAUUUAAAGUGGCAAAUUGGUGGCGUUAUUGGCCUGGUCGCCUUGGUUAUGGUACGACAUCUGGACACGGUAUUGGACUUUUCACCCACAGGAACGCCCAUCAACAGUGUCUGAGGUCAAAGGUCACAUCCAGAAAUUUAAACGAUUUCCUCUGGAAGCGCAGAGAACCAGAACCAGAACUCUGGAUGACGAUGCUCUCUGGAAGAUGAGUAGCUUAAAGCUGCAGUUUGUAACUUUAAUAAAAUGUUUUUUUUCUGUUUUUGUUCAAACUGUCAUCAGAUAAUCUCUGCUGCUCCCAGUGCCAACUACAGAAUACACAACUCAGUUAGAAACUACCAAUCAGAGCCAGGAGGUGGGUGUUAGCACUGUCAAUCACACUUGUGUAUGCACUGCAGCGGAGCAGAUAGCAUAGUCACCAUGAUAACAUUAAUUUAAGUUAGGUUUAUUUGACAUUAGGCUGUUUGGCACAAGGGAGGGUGUGGGCAGCGUGUUCAUGAGCCUGAUUGGCAGCGCUAACACCCUCCCUCUGACUCUCAUUUGUUGUUUGAGCGGAAGCGGUGCAUUUCUGCAGAUGGCAGUGGGACCACAGAGAGGAGCUCAUCGGUGUUACUGUGUGGAAAAGUUUUUCUGCAGCUUUAAAGCUCCUGCUGUGAUCAGUCACCUGCCUGGAUGUGUCUGUUGCCAUGGCGACAGACGCCGAGGAGAAAUUUCCCUUCAACUCCACACAUAAACUGAAGCACAUUCAUAAAAAUCAUGAUGUCACCAUGGUAACAGCUUUGUUGCCAGGGCGACGGCUCGGUCGCUACGGUAACGUCUGGUUGUAAUGCGCUCGGUGCCGGAUGUCGAUUGGCUGACGGCCUGAGUCACGUGACUUUCGUUCUCUAGUGAUUUAUUGUGAAGCUGCUUUUCUCAGCGGGGCUCAGACCGUCCACCUGUCCGUCUGCACCUACCUGAGGACAGGUGGACAGGGUGUCCCUGCUGCUGCAUGUGAUCUCAUCCUGUUUCCAUCUGUAAAGCCGUGUGUGAGGAUGAUGGUGCUGCAUGCUUUCUUCUCUCCAUGAUGAAGAGUCACAAUAAAAACGUUCUUCCAGCCUGA